UCAUCGCUGUGCGCUGCCACGUCUCCUCAGCUCCUGGGCGAUGGAGGCUGAGGAUGAGUGGUGAUGGGGUCGGGCUCUGCCUCUGGCUUUAGCUCUGGCUCUGGCACGGACUCCCGGUCUGGGUCUGGUAACCUAGAGACCCGACACAAUUUUUCGACUCUCCAGAGGGACCCUGCCUGCGUCCCGGCAGCUGUUUUGGAGCGCUUCAAAGAAGGGAGGGAGUUCGAGUGCGUGGGGUCGGGUCUGUGAAGCCACCGCCUCCUCCCAGGGAUCCCGCUCCGUGGCCGGCCUCUUCCAUGCAGUUGAAAUAAGUUUACAACCAUUAGCCUGGGUUGCAACUGCAGGUAGCACUGGAAACUGACUGGUCCCUGGACAUGCCCAGUAGAAGGAGGGGUCCUAGUCGGCAGCAGCUAAGCCGGUCAGCUUUACCUUCUAUACAGACUUUGGUUGGUGGCGGCUGUGGCAAUGGAACAGGCUUGAGAAACAGGAAUGGUAGUGCUAUUGGCCUUCCAGUCCCACCUAUCACAGCCUUAAUCACCCCAGGUCCUGUUCGUCAUUGCCAAAUUCCUGACUUACCAGUAGAUGGGAGCCUGUUCUUUGAAUUUCUGUUCUUCAUCUACCUGCUGAUUGUUCUGUUUAUUCAGUACAUCAACAUCUAUAAGACCGUGUGGUGGUAUCCAUACAAUCAUCCUGCGUCUUGUACUUCAUUGAAUUUUCAUCUCAUUGAUUAUCACCUGGCAGGGUUCAUCACAGUGAUGCUUGCGAGGAGGCUGGUAUGGGCCCUCAUUUCAGAGGCCACUAAGGCAGGUGCAGCGUCUAUGAUUCACUACACCGCUCUGAUACUGGCUCGCUUGGUGCUGCUUACUCUGUGUGGAUGGGUGCUUUGUUGGACCCUGGUUAAUCUCUUCCGAAGCCACUCAGUCCUCAACCUCCUCUUCCUUGGCUAUCCGUUUGGUGUUUAUGUUCCUCUCUGCUGUUUCCACCAAGAUAGUAGAGCACAUCUUCUCCUCACAGACUAUGUGGUUCAGCACCAGGCAGUAGAGGAAGGUGCUUCGAAUGUGGGCAGUCUGGCCAGAUCCAAAGAUUUCCUGUCCUUAUUGCUGGAGUCUCUAAAAGAACAGUUUAAUAAUGCCACGCCCAUCCCCACCCACAGCUGUCCCCUAUCUCCCGAUCUCAUUCGCAAUGAAGUAGAAUGUUUGAAAGCAGAUUUCAACCACAGAAUCAAGGAAGUUCUCUUCAACUCUCUCUUCAGUGCCUACUACGUUGCAUUUCUCCCGCUGUGUUUUGUGAAGAGCACCCAGUAUUACGACAUGCGCUGGUCAUGUGAGCACCUCAUCAUGGUGUGGAUCAAUGCUUUUGUCAUGCUCACCACUCAACUGCUGCCAUCCAAAUACUGCGAUUUGCUACAUAAAUCAGCUGCUCACCUGGGCAAGUGGCAGAAGUUGGAACAUGGGUUCUACAGCAAUGCUCCACAGCACAUUUGGUCAGAAAACACAAUAUGGCCUCAAGGGGUGUUGGUGCGGCACAGCAGAUGUUUAUAUAGAGCCAUGGGACCUUACAACGUGGCAGUGCCUUCAGAUGUAUCCCAUGCCCGCUUUUAUUUCCUGUUUCAUCGACCGUUAAGGCUGUUGAACCUGCUUAUCCUCAUUGAGGGCAGUGUUGUAUUCUACCAACUCUAUUCCUUGCUGCGGUCAGAGAAGUGGAACCACACACUCUCCAUGGCGCUCAUCCUUUUCUGCAACUACUAUGUUUUAUUUAAGCUCCUCCGGGACAGAAUAGUCUUAGGCAGGGCAUACUCCUACCCCCUCAACAGUUACGAACUCAAGGCAAAUUAAGCUGCCUGUCAACAUGAGGGAGAACUCAGAUAAAAAUAUUUUCAUACGAUCUAUUUUUUUCUUGCGAUUUUUAUAAAUAUUUAAGAUAUUUUAUAUUUUGUAUACUAUUAUGUUUUGAAAGUUGGGAAGGGUAAGGGAUAUUAAAUGUAUCCAUAAACAAGGUGAUGUUAUCUUUCAUGUGUUAGUAUAUUUGAAUAUUAUACAUGAGAGGAUGCCCCUGCAGUAAAAGAUUGACUUGUUUGUCUGGCUCUGGAGUAACAUUCGCUUAGAAACAUGUCUUGCAUAUUGCUUGACACAUUGUCUUUGGUGUGUCUGUUUCCUUUCCAGUCUUUUUUGUUAUCUUUAGUUCAUCCCCUGGCCAUAAUUAUUGCUGUAGAAAAGAGAGAUGGAUAGAGUUGCCUUCCAGCACCCAAUACCCUUUAAUUUAGCAUUCUAAAAGUGCUGGGGUAACUACAGCAAAGUGGGUUCAAAUCUUGGGUUGGGUACUCUUUGCUGCCACCUACUGGGAGGAGGCCGUUCUAGACUCCUGUCUUUAGUGACCUGUUUUUGUGAUACUUUCAAUUACUCUCGUCUGGUGUUCUGGGGAUUGCUGUCAUUUUGCCUGUUCUUUCAUGACUUUUGCUUCCAAAGAUUUGUCCUUUUACUCUUAGUUACAUGUAAUAGUGCUUUUCAAAGACAGGAAGUGUAGAUCAUGCGGGAUCCAAGGAAGAGGAUCAGUAUAAAUGCCCUGUCAGUCUCUAGGGCAUGGGGAGAUUGAAAAUACCUAACCAAUUGGGAGAAUGGGCAAGCCCUGAACAAAACAGCCUCGGGUGCAGUCUAGCUGCUACCUCUUUACAGUAGCACUGUGUUUGGAGUUAAGAGGGGAGGAAAAAUACGAGAAGUUGCUCCAUGGUUCUCAGAAUUUGACCUAUAUCCAAAAUUUGUGUUUUCCAUUUCAUACUCAAAGACUGGAGAUAGAGCUCAAUGUUAAUGUGUUUGUUUCAUAUGCAUGAGCUUGAGUUUGUUCCCCAGCAUUGCAAAAUAAGUAAAUAAAUUUCAUACUUCAGAGC